CAUUGCCGGAGUCACAUCACCUUGUUCUGUCUCACCAAUCCUGCAGAGAUGAAGUACUUGGUGUUUGUGCUCCUGGUGGCUGCCGCUUGCGCUUCUGAGGUGGAGAAGCGAGAGGCGGAGCCAAGUCGUGCCUACAGCUAUGGCCACGGUGUCCAGCUCCACGCCUACUACCCAAGCACCUCCUACCACCCCUAUCAUACCUACCACAAGAGGUCCGCCGAUCCUGAGGCCGAAGCCGAGCCUUCGUACCGUUCCUACCACUACCCAGGAUACUACAGUCCCUAUUCCUACGGCUACCACAACACGCCCUAUGUCCACCACCACCACAAGAGGUCCGCUGAGCCUGAGGCCGAAGCAGAGCCUUCUUACGGUUCCUCCUAUUUCUACGGCUACCAACCACACCACUAUAUUCCCUCCGUCCACCACCACCACCACAAGAGGUCUGCUGACCCCGUUGCUGAGGCUGAAGCUAGCUACGGCUACAGGUCAUACCACCCCUACCAAUACACACCCUAUACUCACAGCCACUACAAGAGAUCUGCCGAGCCAGAAGCUGAUCCUAGUUCCAGCUAUGGCCACCACCACCAGUCCGUGUACCGUCCCCACCAUAGCGGAGCUCACUAUGGUUACGGUUACCACACUCACCACUAAGGCACUGGGUGUUUAUAUGCUCUGAAGUUAUCUGAAAGAUCUUUAUAAUGAAAAUCUAUUUAAAAACAAUAAAAUCAGUCAAAAA